CCGGGCGGUCGUGGCGCUAGUGGCUGCGCGGUGCUAGUCGCGGGGCGACGACGGGGGCGGGGAAGCGCCGUCUCUGGCGGGGUCGGUGUCUGGCCGGGCCGGGUCGCGGCUCAUGGCCUGGAGUGGGGUCCAGCGGCAGAUCAAUAACUGAAGACAGCUAUGCAGAAUUCACACAUGGAUGAAUAUAGAAAUUCCAGUAAUGGCAACACAGGCAACAGUUCAGAGGUGGUUGUGGAACAACAGCCUUCUGACUUCAGUACUGAGAUUAUGAAUGUUACGGAAAUGGAACAGUCACCUGAUAGUUCUCCCAAUGUGAAUACAACUACAGAAGAAAGUGAAAUGGCAAAUGCGGUGGAACUUCCAGUGAUAGAAACAGAAGCAAAUUUCCCUGCAGAAUAUGAAAAAUUUUGGAAAACUGUAGAAAACAAUCCUCAGGAUUUUACAGGCUGGGUAUAUUUGCUUCAAUAUGUGGAACAGGAGAAUCACUUGAUGGCUGCCAGGAAAGCAUUUGACAAAUUUUUCAUACAUUAUCCGUAUUGCUAUGGUUACUGGAAAAAGUACGCAGACCUUGAAAAACGGCAUGACAACAUUAAGCAAUCAGAUGAGGUUUAUCGGCGGGGACUUCAGGCAAUACCUCUUAGUGUUGACCUUUGGAUACAUUAUGUAAACUUCUUAAAAGAAACUCUGGACUCUGGUGAUCCUGAAACAAGUAAUACAAUAAGAGGAACUUUUGAGCAUGCUGUUCUAGCUGCAGGAACAGAUUUCCGAUCCGACAGACUAUGGGAAAUGUAUAUAAACUGGGAAAAUGAACAAGGGAACCUGAGAGAAGUUACAGCUAUAUAUGAUCGUAUUCUUGGUAUUCCAACACAACUGUACAGUCAUCAUUUUCAGAGAUUUAAAGAACUUGUACAAAAUAACUUGCCUAGAGAUCUUUUAACUGGUGAACAGUUUAUUCAGCUACGGCGGGAAUUAGCUUCUGUCAAUGGACAUAGUGGUGAUGAUGGUCCUCCUGGGGACGACCUGCCAUCAGGGAUUGAAGACAUCACUGAUCCAGCAAAGCUAAUAACAGAGAUAGAAAACAUGAGACAUAGAAUCAUUGAAAUUCAUCAAGAAAUGUUUAAUUAUAAUGAACAUGAAGUUAGUAAAAGGUGGACAUUUGAAGAAGGUAUUAAAAGACCUUAUUUUCAUGUAAAACCAUUGGAAAAGGCACAACUAAAAAACUGGAAAGAAUACUUAGAAUUUGAAAUUGAAAAUGGAACUCAUGAACGAGUUGUGAUUCUCUUUGAAAGAUGUGUCAUAUCAUGUGCUCUCUAUGAGGAGUUUUGGAUUAAGUAUGCCAAGUACAUGGAAAACCAUAGCACUGAAGGAGUGAGGCAUGUCUUCAGCAGAGCUUGUACUAUUCAUCUCCCAAAGAAACCCAUGGUGCAUAUGCUUUGGGCAGCUUUUGAGGAACAACAGGGUAAUAUUAACGAAGCCAGAAAUAUCUUGCGGACAUUUGAAGAAUGUGUUCUAGGACUGGCAAUGAUUCGUUUGAGAAGAGUGAGUUUAGAACGACGGCAGGGGAACAUGGAGGAAGCUGAACAUCUGCUUCAAGAUGCCAUUAAGAAUGCCAAAUCAAAUAACGAAUCAUCCUUUUAUGCUAUCAAACUAGCACGUCAUCUUUUUAAAAUACAAAAGAACCUUACAAAAUCAAGAAAGGUGCUUUUGGAAGCAAUGGAAAGAGACAAAGAGAACACAAAAUUAUACCUCAAUUUACUUGAAAUGGAAUACAGUGGUGACCUCAAACAAAAUGAAGAAAACAUCAUUAAUUGUUUUGACAAAGCUAUACAUGGUUCAUUACCGAUUAAAAUGAGAAUUACGUUUUCUCAAAGAAAAGUGGAAUUUCUUGAAGAUUUUGGUUCAGAUGUUAAUAAGCUUCUGAAUGCUUAUGAUGAACAUCAAACACUCCUAAAAGAACAGGAUUCUUUAAAAAGGAAAGCAGAAAAUGGCUCAGAAGAACCCGAAGAAAAGAAAGUACACACGGAAGAUACUUCAUCUACACAGUUGAUUGAUGGUGAUAUACAGGCAAAUCAAGCUGCAUACAGUUAUAGUGCCUGGUAUCAAUAUAAUUAUCAGAACCCAUGGAAUUAUGGACAGUAUUAUCCCCCACCUCCAACAUGAUGGAAAAUGUAAUCAUCAGAAGGCGUGUGGAAGUAUGGAAAUAUUUUUUUUAAAGAGGAUGUAAACAUGACAUAAGCUUGUAUUUGAUAAGUUGUGUUUCAUUUUAUGUAACAUGAUUUGUUAGUAAUAGGGAAAAUGUCCCUUAGUAACUUACCAUCGAUACAAUUUCCUACCAUUUAUAGAAUUUACUUUUUAUUGGAGAACUAUUUUUUUUAUUUUUCAUUAAGUGGUCUAGAUUUAUUUUGCAAUUGCAACGGUUUUGUAGCCUUAAGGUAGGAAAAAACCUGACUAAAAAUCAAGUCAGUGUAGUACAAGAUUCUGAAAAUAAGGGCUGGUUCAAGAUUUACCUCCUCUUAAAAACUUUUUUAAACUUUUGUUGACAAACUUUUGCAGGAAUGUUUCAAUUAUCCUUGUGAAUUUGGACCUGAGAAAAAAUCAUUAAAACAGUGUAUUGGAAUAGGUAUUAUAAAAGAAAAUGGAACGUUUGCAUCCCUUUAAAAAAUGAAAAUCAUAUCAAAACUAUAUCAUUUCUGAAGACUUUGUAUUUAGAGUAUUCAUGUAAAACUUGCGAGUAAACUUUCAUUUUGGUCAAACUGAUCAUCCUCAUUUUUGUAAUAAAACUGAAGUUUCACCCA